CAGUGAGACAGUAUUAUUUAUGUUCAAGUAUAAGACUAAAUCAUGUUAAUAUACAUAUGAAUUAUAAUACACAUUACAUUAUAAUCAUCAGAUGAAGUUGAUUCACAUCCAAAAAGUUAGUAACAGAAGCUGUGAAUUAUCAGAAUGAAAUUUAGAAGACAACACAAGGCAAAAAGGAAAACCAAAUAUGGAUGAUAAACCAAGAGAAAAGCCUGAAGAUUUAAUAAAGAAAGCAUCAAAAGUGAUGCAGCGAAGUGAUUGGGGAGCAAGAGAUCCUACAUUUGUUACAACACUCAGAGCACCGGUAGGUUUACAACAGAGAGGAGUGGAGGGGAAGAAGUCCCCGGGAGACUCCAGUCAUGUACACUCCUGUCACAAAAGUGGUCCUCUCCAGGACUGAGACCGAACCUUGCUAUACACACGAGGACUGUAGUUUACGGGUCAGAGAGAUGCAGAAUAUCCACAUGGAUGAGGAAGGAGAGCCUGACAUCAAAUACCAUUUCCUUGUAGGAGGGGAUGGUGCUCUAUAUGAAGGGAGGGGCUUUACUACUGUUGGAAGAUCUUACCCUACCACUGCUAACAAUCUUCAGGAUCUGUCCAAGAACUGUUUAGAAAUCGCUUUUAUACAAACAAGUGACAUGGAAACUACAGAGGAAAUGCAAAAUGUAGCAUCUCACGUUAUGACUCUGGGACGCCAUGCUAACCACAUAUACAAAACAUUUGACCUUUACUUCGUGGCCAAUAAUGACAUUGUGCAUAGAGAACGGAUGGGAAUAAAAGUAGCCGUGCGUAGUAAUCCUGAGAGCGACAAAGCUUCAACAGCUGAAAACGAUCCUCUUUCUGAGCUUCAAUUCGAGAGAGAUGAGCAUGGGAAACCAGAAAUGAUUGAAGUUGAAACAACUGAACAUGCAACUCAGUCCCAUGUACCCCUUCACGACAGACCAGAUACUGAUGAGAAAGGAAAUGAUGAAGAUGCUAAGCCUGUUAAUUUUAUAUACAGGCAUGUCUGGGGUGCACAGCUGCCCAAAUGGAUCAAGGCGCUCGACCUUCCCAUCAGCAAGGUGGCAGUGUCCUUCACAGAGACGGACCCGUGCCACACACAAGAUGAAUGCAUGGCCUUAGUCAGGAAACUGCAGGGAGAACACCUCCAGGAUGAGAAAGAGCCCGACAUAAAAUACAAUUUUCUCAUAGGGGGAGAUGGACAGAUUUAUGAGGGUAGAGGUUAUACAAGAGUAGGACCCAUAUAUCCUCCAUCGGCCAGAAAAAUUGAAGAACUUAACGGUCAAUCCAUUGAUAUUGCCAUUAUUGAGAAGCAUGCCAAAGAACCAACCCCGGAGACUAUUAAAGCAAUAUCCUGGUGUCUGUCUAAAGGAAUUCAUGCCAGGUACAUAGAUGCCAACUUUGAUACCUAUUACAUUGCAAACAAUGAGAUUUUACAUGUACAGCAUCCAGUGCCUGGAGCUGAAAAAAAACUGGAUCGGUAGAGGAAAAACAAGACACAGUAAUAACACAGUGUAAAACUCUGCAAAUUUUUGUAGUUUAAGGUUAUUACUCUUAAAGGCAAAUAAAUUAAUUAUCGAUA